CGCCUGUUUCUCUCGCCCCCUUUCGCUGAUCGCUGGGGCCUCACAAUCAAUCGGCUACUCCCCUCUCCUCUCGCGCGUGGCGAAUUCCCCCCUCCCUCCCGCACGCGGCAGCGACCCCGGAGGCGACGUCGGCGGCCACAGCAGGCUUCUCGCCGCAAUGGCAUCAUCUUCGGACCCAUGGAUGAAAGAGUACACUGAAGCAUCUAAGCUUGUUGACGAUAUAAGUUCCAUGAUUGCCGAUAGAAGUUCUCUUCCACAAUCAGGCCCUGAAAUUAUGCGCCACACAUCAGCCAUUCGGAGAAAAAUAACUAUUCUUGGGACUAGACUGGAUAGCUUGGUGACAUUGUUGUCCAGGAUUCCGCCAAAGUCACUCACUGACAAGGAGAUGCAUAAGCGCCAAGAUGCACUUUCCAACUUGAAAUCUAAAGCAAAACAGAUGGGGACAAGUUUCAACGUGUCAAACUUUGCCAACAGGGAGGAUUUGCUUGGUCAGAGUAAGAAAGCAGCUGAUGAUAUGAGCAGAGUUGCUGGGUUAGACAACCAAGGGAUUGUUGGCCUCCAGAGGCAAGUUAUGAGAGAACAAGAUGAGGGUCUCGAAAGGCUGGAGGAGACAGUCCUGAGCACAAAACAUAUUGCAUUAGCAGUCAAUGAAGAACUUACUCUGCAUACAAGAUUGAUUGAUGACUUGGAAGAUCACGUCGACGUUACAAACUCCCGUCUUCAGCGUGUGCAAAAGAGGCUUGCAAUUCUGAACAAGCGCGCCAAAGGUGGCUGCUCAUGCAUGUGCCUAAUGCUCUCUGUUGCUGCCAUAGUGCUGCUCGCGGUUAUCGUUUGGCUUCUCAUCAAGUACCUGUAAAGAAGCGUCCUGCUGCGACCGUUGUUCAACGCAUCGCUUGUUUGAUACUCUGUUGAAGUGUGCAGUCUCUUUAAAGAUAUAUACGAUGGUUUCCAUGGCGGUCCUUUUUAUAGUGUUUGGAACGGUUGUAUCAAUAUGUACAAGGUGUGAGGCUCUGGCAUAUGCCCAGAAAUACCUGUGUGGACAAUUGUGGCCUUUGUAAGUCUCUGGAGGGAGAAAUAUGUACAUUUUGUGCGAGGGUUUAUAUGCUUUACCUACUGUUUUCCAUUGUACAA